AUGGUUUCCUUGGCACCCCUUGCAGACCUGGUCUCCACCACAUUCCUGCCUCAACGCGGUGAGAAUGGAAUUGUCCAUUCCACAGACCGGAAGGCCAAUGAGGAGAUAGUCAUCGAUACCAUAGAGGUGGUAUCUUCCGAGCCUGAUAGCGACGAUCCCGUGGCCAUGACCGCAAACGGCAACGGAGCUAGUCUACUGGAACAAAAUGUGCUCAAAGACUCCAUUGUCCCGCCAGAUUCAGACACGGUAUCCGAAGAUCAGUUACUGGCGAUGGAGGUUCUCCGAAUUAUUGAGAGCUAUGGUGUUGAUUUCGAAAAAUCGGGCGUUUCCUGGAAGGGUUUUGAGUCGUUCGUUCCUAUUGUUCUCGCCCAGAUUGAGAAGCAGGAGCCUAUCCGCAUGAUCCUGCCUGCUUUCCCAUUUAAAUCUCCAAAUGCACGAGAUAAGGUCUUGGGCAACAUGCCCGACUUUGGUGAGGAGCUGGCGCUUUCUCACUUGAACGGGUUGUGCCAGAACAUCGCCGAUGUAUAUGAGCCCGGCGCUCAUGUAUACAUCAGUUCCGAUGGACUUGUUUACAACGAUAUUCUUGGCGUCCCUGAUGAAACCGUUUGGGACUAUGGGGAAACGCUGCGCAAGAUGGCCAUCGAAAAAGAGCUCCACCGUGUCAAGUUUAUUCGGCUUUUUGAACUGCUCGAGCAUCCUUGGUUCCCAAGUUCCACUCCAGAGGAAGCCAAGGCAUUCUAUCUUGCUCACGCCAGUUGUCUACGCCGAGAGCUGAUGUAUGCAUUUGGCGAUCCGACUUUUGACGCGGACUUGGCCAUCAAAACCGACAACGACACAUGCUUGACAUAUCGUGGCUACAUCAAAUUCCUCACCAAAGACCUUGCUCACCAAGAUGAGAGCAAGUUUGCAUCCAAGCGCUCUCGGCAGACGCACAUCGCCAAGACAGCGCGGCAGAUGAUCAUUCGUGGUAAAAUGUUCGCGGCGGCCAUCAAAGCCAAUCGCAAUGAUUACGUGCGACUUUCCAUCCACGAGUCUGCUGGCGAGAAGAAGCUUUCGGUCUCGCUCAUUCCACAGCUUCGUGGCGCUCUCGGGUACACUCCUUGGCAUGCUUCUGUUGCUGUUGGGCUGGAUGGUUCGUAUCGGACCGUCCACGCUGAAGAUGUGCGAGAGACCCAUGAUGUGAUAUAUAAGAACGGACAGCCAUAUUACUUCCGUGAAAAGUCAGAGCUCUUUGACUGGACUGUCGAUGGCCUGUCAGUCAAGUUUGAGCACCUAUAUCCCUGUGGACUUGUCAUUCGUCCUGCUGAUAUCGACAAUGUCAACGCGCCGCCAUCUCUCCGCUCCAUUCCUAUGCACAAAAUCCGAAAGCUCUCGAACAGUAUGUCGCCAAUCAUUCUUCGCGGGUUCGCAGAGACUCUGGAAGAAGAGUAUUACGUCCAGAAGGCAUCAGAGCUCGGCACCAUCAUGCCAUGGAGUUUUGGCAACAUUCAAAAAGUCCGUGACCAUGGCCGCUCAGACAAGAUGGGUAACAAUGUCACCUCCAACGAAGCUAUGCCAAUGCACUUUGACGGCAUGUUUAAAUUUGAAGAAAUUACCGAUCCAGAGACUGGAGAGAAAAAGAAAGUCCAGCGCCCCCCUGGUUACCAAUUUUUCACUUGCCCAGCGACAGCGCCCAAGGGUAAUGGCUACACUCUGUUUGCAAGCUCGAGACUCUUCUUCCGCUACCUGCCUCUUCCAUGGUCAGCAGAGCGCCUCGAGGAAAUUACCUGGGCCAUGGACAACAAUGGCUUCUGGGACGCAAAGCUCAAAAACCUGAAAUUGAUCGUGAAGCAUCCCGUGUCUGGUCUACCAUGCGUACGCUGGCAUCAGCCAUGGGACGAGACGAAGACCAAGUUCUCUACAUGUGAAGUCACAAUUGAGAAUGAUGACAAUUGCCUGGUCCAAGUCAUAGAUCGGAUCACAUAUGACUAUCGCGUGUGCCUGCGGUUCGGAUGGGAGAAGGGUGAUAUGCUGAUCAGCGACAACACGGCCAUGUUGCAUACCCGAACUGGGUAUAUCAGUAACUGUGACCGCGAGCUGUGGCGUAUUCACUGUGAUUAG